GUCAGGGAGGUGUACUCUCAGCCGAUGAUGUGGACAAAGUGAUGUCAGCAGGACUAGGCCUCAGAUAUGCCUUCCUAGGAUCUUUAGAAGUCAUGCAUCUCAAUGCAGAGGGCAUGCAGAGCUACAUGGAGCGAUACACCCAGAGCAUUGAGCACGUUCUCGGUAACUUCGGUCCGACGCCAACGUUCACGGGGAGCGGCCUUGAGCAGAUCAUCAAGGAGAUGGAUGCAAAGAUCCCUCUGGACAAGCUCGAAGAGCGCCGCCAGUGGCGAGAUACAAGACUUGCCGCCCUUGCCAAGCUCAAGAGGGAUUUAGAGAGAGAAGGAAAAUGAGCCAAGUAAUGCCAGAACAAUACCAAAGUCCAAAUCAACUACUAAUUCCAGUCAGGGAAAUUUUGUGCAUGGUGUGAUGCUUUGAUGAUGAUGUGUGAUUGAAGACAUGGAAUGAUCACUUAUGUGUGUGAAAGACUGAGCAUUUUUUUAGCCGGAUUUGCAUUUUUGAAACUGUGAUUAGUAGCAAUAAUUUGUAAUAUAUUAAAGAAUGAUUUAUCAGGUAUGCUUUUAUAGAUCAGUAUUAAUAGGGAAUGUUAGAUUUAAAGGAACUGGCAAUUCCUUAAAUGGACAUCACAGUGCCUUAAAAGGACGUCACACGUAGCAGUCCACUAUGUCGACGUGCAAAUCUAAAAGUCCCUGAUGAGAGUCUUGUGAAACCGUUCAGGUAAUAGGACUGACAAAUACCUUAUUUCAUGUAAGUAAAUACAACUCACUGGAUGUCUUGAUUGUAAGUGCUUUAUAAGUAAAUUUGGAACAAACUACCAAACAUCACUGCCCUUGAUAGGCGUGGUAUGGAGAACGGUAAGACGUCGGCUACCCGCAAAAGGUUCGUAAAUCCUAUUGACAAUACUUGACCAUUACGGCCUUUUUGCGGGGAGCUGACUUAAUUAGUGCCCUUCUAAAUUCUGUGUCACAAUGGGAAAAAAGGGUAACAAAAUUUGAAGUAUCAAGGUAUUAAAAAUACUAUUCAUUGUCACAAGGAUUGGACCCAUGCAUGUAUAAUUUUGGGGCUUUGUUAUUUAAUAAUAAUAAUAAUGAUAUGAACUUUUAUAAAGACCAGAUCCUAUAUGAAUAAAGUAAUAUAUUCUACUGCGCUUAAUACAGUAUCAUGUUAUUACCUCUAUGGCACCUGUUUAUUAAAUUCUUAGAAUAAUUA